UGUUUUAUGACAAGGUCCAAUGACGGGUUGCAAGAGGAAGACGAGAAGGAGCCAAGCUGUUUCAGCUGGAGAAUGAAAAUACUCUAUCUCUUUCUUUACCCAUUUAAGAUCUAAUCCUUCUCUGAUCCAAAUCCAGAUAAAAUCUACUUGAAAAGAGGAUCAAAUCUUGUUAUCUUCGAGAGGGUAGUUACUAAUAACACUAACAAACCGGAGAAAUGGAUGCGUUAAGGAAACAAGCCAGCAAGUUUAGAGAACAAGUAGCUAAGCAACAGCAAGCUGUUAUAAAACAGCUCAGUGGGACUGGUUAUGAAAGAUCAGAUGUUAUGGUUAUUGAUGAGGUUGAGAUGCAGAGGCAUCAACAGCUGGAGAAACUGUACAGGUUGACUCGUGCUGGGAAGGAUUUUCAGAAGGAUAUUGUUAAAGCAGCUGAAACAUUCACAGCUAUUGGGUACAAGCAUAUUGAAGCAGGAACCAAAUUGUCUGAAGAUUGCUGCAGAUAUGGAACUGAGAAUGCUAAGGAUAAUGUGCUAGCUAAGGCUGCAGCCAUUUAUGGUGAUGCUUGUAAACAUGUGGAGAAAGAGCAAGAGGACUUGAACGGAUUGCUAUCUUCACAGGUUUUAGAUCCCUUGCGGGCAAUGAUUACUGGUGCUCCUCUGGAGGAUGCGCGCCAUCUUGCUCAACGUUAUAGUCGGAUGAGACAGGAAGCAGAGACACAGGCAGCAGAGGUUUCUAGAAGACAAGCAAGGGUAAGGGAAACUCCAAUUCCAGAAAAUGUUGCGAAGCUGCAUGCAGCAGAAGCAAAGAUGCAAGAACUAAAAGCAAAUAUGGCUGUUCUUGGUAAAGAAGCUGCAGCUGCUUUGGCUGCUGUUGAAUCGCAACAGCAAAGAUUGACUUUUCAGAGGAUUAUUGCCAUGGUUGAAGGAGAAAAGAAUUACCAUCUAAGAAUUGCUGCCAUUCUCAGUGAGGUUGAAGCUGAGAUGGUAUCAGAGAAACAGCAGAAAGAGUCUGCUCCUCCAGUGAUUUCAUCUCCUAUAAUUCCAUCAGAGAAUGGCUCAGAGAAAACCAUCUACUUCUUGGCUGAAGCAAGACAUCCCUUCAUUGCAGAAACAGAGAAGGAACUGAGCUUGGCAGUGGGUGAUUAUGUUGUUGUGCGAAAGGUGAAUCCAACUGGAUGGUCAGAAGGAGAAUGUAAAGGAAAAGCUGGGUGGUUUCCUUCAGCAUAUGUGGAGAAGCGCCAGAGAAUUCCCACCAGCAAUGGGGCUGCUCAAGUUUACUAGUCUUACUCGUGUGCUAAGUGGCUUACUCAUAUUUGUCCUACCAAAAUGGAAUACCACACAUCACACUGAAAUUCAAAUUUGAAGAAAGAAGAAAGAAUAUUGUUACAUUUUUUUUUUCAACAACCUGAUGUUCCUGGUUCUCGUUGGGUAUGUAUAUUCUUUCACUGAAUGUUGGUAGUCUUAUGUGCAAUAGUAAAAACUUCUUGGUCUAUAGGCAUAAGGAAUUGUGUUUGUUCAAUAAAAAGCUCUUCCUUAUUUGUCAUCAAA